ACAGAUCUGGCAUAUCUUCCUGCUCAUAAUGAAAAUAUUUCUGCUCCAUUCAGCCAAGUUGAACUUCAUGGACAUCACCAAGAUCUUUUCCCUCCUACAGCCCGACAAGGAGGAGGAGGAAACUGACACGGGGGAGAAACAGGCUCUCAAUCAGGCAGUAUAUGACAACGACUCCUAUACACUGGACCAGCUUUUGCGCCAGGAGCGUUACAAACGUUUUAUCAACAGCAGGAGUGGCUGGGGUGUUCCUGGGACACCUCUGCGUCUGGCUGCUUCUUAUGGACACCUGAGCUGCUUGAAGGUCCUCCUGGCACAUGGUGCUGAUGUCGACAGCUUAGAUGUCAAGGCACAAACGCCCCUUUUCACUGCUGUCAGUCAUGGCCAUCUGGAGUGUGUGCGAGUGCUUUUGGAAGCUGGUGCUUGUCCUGGUGGCAGCAUCUAUAACAACUGUUCUCCUGUCCUCACAGCUGCCCGUGAUGGUGCUAUUGCCAUUCUACAGGAGCUCCUAGGUCAUGGUGCAGAGCCCAACGUUAAGGCCAAACUACCAGUCUGGGCAUCAAACAUAAGUUCAUGUUCUGGCCCCCUCUAUUUAGCAGCAGUCUAUGGGCAUCUUGACUGUUUCCAUCUGCUUUUGCUCCAUGGGGCAGACCCUGACUACAACUGCACAGAUUGGUGCCUUUUGGCUCGUGUCCCACGACCUCGUACCCUCCUUGAAAUAUGCCUCCACCAUAAUUGUGAGCCAGAGUAUAUCCAGCUGUUAAUCGAUUUUGGUGCUAACAUCUACCUUCCAUCUCUCUCUUUGGACCUGACCUCGCAAGACGGUAAAGGCAUUACAUUGCUGCUACAGGCCCGAGCUACCCCACGGUCACUACUAUCACAGGCCCGUUUAGUUAUCCGCAGAGCCUUGUCCCAGGCUGGCCAACUACAAGCCAUCAACCAGCUGGAUAUCCCUCCUGUGUUGAUCAGCUACCUCAGACACCAACUGUAAUCUUGCAGUAUUCCCAAGAGCCCAUGAUGCCUCCAAAAACCACCUGUGGACCCACGUAACUGGAGGACACCACAGCUCCACUUCCCUAUCUGGAGCUACUCUCCUGCAUUACCCUCCACAAUAAAAUCCUUCACAAAAUAA